GGCAAACUGACUACGCUCCCUAUUUCUAUGACAACGGACCGAGCAGCACCAAUGGGAAUAUGGCUCUGUUCAGUAUCUCAGAAGACACACCAGUCGGUGAGUGUUGUAAACAAUUAUAUAAAUGCGAUCAUUAUUUAAUUAAUUAUUUAAUUUAAUGUGGCUAAAUUCUAAGAAAAUCGCAAUGUGGUUGUGAUGGAUCUUGUGUUUCAAGAGCAGCGUUAUACAGUAGCUAAUGAUCAGACCUGUUUUAAAUACUAUUUUAAAACAUUUCAAAUACAUUGCGCUUGCUUAAUGCUGGGGCCCCCCCUGGGCGCAUGUUUAGUUUUUUUGCCCUACACAGCUGAUUCAAAUAAUCAAGGCUUGAUGAUGAGUUGGUUAUUUGAAUCAGUUGUGUAGUGCUAGGGCAAAAACCAUAACUUGCACCCGGGACUGAAAGACUUCAAAUAGUAUUUGAACCCAGGUCUUCUAAUGAUAGACUGAUCAGUGAUCACAUGAGCAGCAUUGAGCCUCAGCUGCAUCACCAUGACGCCCUGCAGAGGAGGUGGACCCACGCUAACAGGCUUAGCCAGGAAAACAAAAGGGAUGCAGGAGUGGCUGUCAACAAUAGGACAAACAAUCUGACAAUACAAUAAUACACCAUAGAAAUAGAAUCACUAGAACGGGAAUUCCCUUUCAAGUCAAUGGGUCUGUAAUGAGUUUGAUUCUAUUUCUAUGAUAUACAUCUCAGAAUUAAUAUUUCUGAUUAACUAUAAGUCUAGAUCCGGUUAAUGGUGUGAUCAUCUUUCUUAUGAUUAUCAUCUGUACAACUGUAGAUAUGGGUUGCCUUUCAUGUACUUGACAGGCAAUGUUUUAACCAAAAACUCUUUACUAUAUGAAGGGUACCUACAUAGACUCCAUAACACAUUCAUAACCAUUCAUAACACAUUCAUAACCAUUGAUACCGCAUUCAUAACCAUUCAUAACACAUUCAUAACCAUUCAUAACACAUUCAUAACUAUUCAUAACACAUUCAUAACCAUUGAUGGGGCGGCAGGUAGCUUAGUGGGUAAGAGCGUUGUGCCAGUAACUGAAAGGUUGCGGGUUCUAAUCCCCGAGCCGACUAGGUGAAAAAUCUGUCGAUGUGCCCUUAAGCAAGGCACUUAACCCUAAUUGCUCAUGUAAGUCGCUCUGGAUAAGAGCGUCUGCUAAAUGACUAAAAUUUAAAUGUAAAUGUAAAUGUAAAUUCAUAACACAUUCAUAACCAUUCAUACCACAUUCAUAACACAUUCAUAACACAUUCAUAACACAUUCAUAAGAAUUCAUACUACAUUCAUAACCAUUCAUAACACAUUCAUAACCAUUCAUAACACAUUCAUAACACAUUCAUAACCAUUCAUAACACAUUCAUAACCAUUCAUAACACAUUCAUAACACAUUCAUAAGCAUUCAUACUACAUUCAUAACCAUUCAUACCACAUUAAUUACCAUUCAUACCACAUUCAUAACCAUUCAUGACACAUUCAUAAACAAUCAUAACACUUUCAUAAUCAGGUACUAUCUCUGUCUGUGACCCCACAGGAACACAGCUAUAUAUCCUAAACGGUACCGACCCAGAGGGGGAAGCCGUGUGGUUUGGCCUGACCUUUGAGAAGGGCACCAAAGAAUACCUGAGAGUGGACCCCACGUCAGGAAACAUAACUCUCAUUCAGGAACUAGACAGAGAGGUGAGUGUAAUGCAGGGAAAUUUGAGAACACUACAUGUCCAGUAAUCUCAGGAGCCCAGAACCAAAUAUUGUGUGUGUUGGUGAGUCUGUCACCAGAGACAAUCAUUACCCCCAGUGUUGUUUAGAGUGCUGUUAACAAAGUGUUCUUUGUUUUGUCAGAAACAAAGUGAAAUCUCAGCUUUUGUUAGCAUAACAGAUGGUCGGAAUAAGGUGAGCUGAGCUUUGACAACAACAUUAGUUGUCAAAUCAAUAUGCAUCACAUGUAUAGGCCUAUAUACUAACACAAUAAUCAUACCUGGCUUCUCAGCUGGGCUGUUGUAUUCUGAUGUCAUCUGUUUGUUCCUUCCUUUAGGUUGUCGAGAGCAUACAGGUGUUUGUCACCGAUGCCAAUGAUGAGCAACCAGAGUUUCUGAACCUGCCUUUCACCGUAGACGUCCCCGAGGUCAGUGUUAAACUCUCAUCACCAUAAAGACAGCUCUGUCAUUGGUUUAAAAUGUCUUUAGAGAUAAUGUUUAAAGGUAAUUAUAGAUGUCAAUAUUGGUAUCAUGUGUUUAGAGAUAAUGCUUAAAGAUAAUGAUACAGUGCCUUGCAAAAGUAUUCAUCCCCCUUGGCGUUUUUCCUAUUUUGUUGCAUUACAACCUGUGAUUUAAAUUGAUUUUUAUUUGGAUUUAAUGUAAUGGACAUACACAAAAUAGUCCAAAUUGGUGAAGUGAAAUGAAAAUAAUUACUUGUUUCAAAAAAUUACUUGUUUCAUAUGUAUGCUAUGAAACCCCUAAAUAAGAUCUGGUGCAACCAAUUACCUUCAGAAGUCACUUAAUUAGUUAAAUAAAGUCCACCUGUGUGCAAUCUAAGUGUCACAUGAUCUGUCACAUGAUCUCAGUAUAUAUACACCUGUUCUGAAAGGCCCCAGAGUCUGCAACACCACUAAGCAAGGGGCACCACCAAGCAAGCGGCAUCAUGAAGACCAAGGAGCUCUCCAAACAGGUCAGGGACAAAGUUGUGGAGAACUACAGAUCAGGGAUGGGUUAUAAAAAAAUAUCAGAAACUUUGAACAUCCCACGGAGCACCAUUUAAAUCCAUUAUUAAAAAAUGGAAAGAAUAUGGCACCACAACAAUCCUGCCAAUAGAGGGCCGUCCACCAAAACUCACAGACCAGGCAAGGAGGGCAUUAAUCAGAGAGGCAACAAAGAGACCAAAGAUAACCCUGAAGGAGCUGCAAAGCUCCACAGCGGAGAUUGGAGUAUCUGUCCAUAGGACCACUUUAAGCCGUACACUCCACAGAGCUGGGCUUUACGGAAGGGUGGCCAGAAAAAAGCCAUUGCUAAAGAAAAAAAUAAGCAAACGUUUGGUGUACGCCAAAAGGCAUGUGGGAGACUCCCAGAACAUAUGGAAAAAGGUACUCUGGUCAGAUGAGACAAAAAUUUAGCUUUUUGGCCUUCAAGGAAAAUGCUAUGUCUGGCGCAAACCCAACACCUCUCAUCACCCCGAGAACACCAUCCCCACAGUGAAGGAUGGUGGUGGCAGCAUCAUGCUGUGGGGAUGUUUUUCAUCUGCAGGGUCUGAGAAACUGGUCAAAAUUGAAACCUGUUUCAGUCUUCCGGAGAUUUGAGACUGGGACAGAGGUUCACCUUCCAGCAGGACAAUGACCCUAAGCAUACUGCUAAAGCAACGCUCGAGUGGUUUAAGGGGAAACAUUUAAAUGUCUUGGAAUGGCCUAGUCAAAGCCCAAACCUCAAUCCAAUUGAGAAUCUGUGGUAUGACUUAAAGAUUGCUGUACACCAGCGGAACCCAUCCAACUUGAAGGAGCUGGAGCACUUUUUCCUUGAAGAAUGGGCAACAAUCCCAGUGGCUAGAUGUGCCAAGCUUAUAGAGACAUACCCCAAGAGACUUGCAGCUGUAAUUGCUGCAAAAGGUGGCUCUACAAAGUAUUGACUUUGGGGGGGGUGAAUAGUUAUGCACGCUCAAGUUUGUUUAAUUGUCUUAUUUGUUGUUUGUUUCACAAUAAAAAAUAAUUUGCAUCUUCAAAGUGGUAGGCAUGUUGUGUAAAUAAAAUGUUACAAAACCCCCCCAAAAUCCAUUUUAAUUCCAGGUUGUAAGGCAACAAAAUGCCAAGAGGGGUGAAUACUUUCGCAAGCCACUGUAGAUGUCAAUAUUGAUAUCAUGUGUUUAGAGAUAAUGCCUAAAGAUAAUGAUAGAUGUCAACAUUGUUAUCAUGUGUUUAGAGAUAAUGUUUAAAGAUAAUAAUAGAUGUCAAUAUUGGUAUCAUGUGUUUAGAGAUAAUGCCUCAAGAUAAUGAUAGAUGUCAAUAUUGUUAUCAUGUGUUAGAGAUGUUAAAGAUAAUAAUAGAUGUCAAUAUUGGUAUCAUGGGUUUAGAGAUAAUGUUUAAAGAUAAUAAUAGAUGUCAAUAUUGGUAUCAUGUGUUUAGAGAUAAUAAUAGAUGUCAAUAUUGUUAUCAUGUGUUUAGAGAUAAUGUUUAAAGAUAAUAAUAGAUGUCAAUAUUGGUAUCAUGUGUUUAAAGAUAAUGAUAGAUGUCAAUAUUGGUAUCAUGUGUUUAAAGAUAAUGAUAGAUGUCAAUAUUGGUAUCAUGUGUUUAAAGAUAAUGAUAGAUGUCAAUAUUGGUAUCAUGUGUUUAAAGAUAAUGAUAGAUGUCAAUAUGGCAUACUGUUUGUGUUUAGUGAUACCCCCCUGGGGCCUGUAUGACAUGUCGGCAAGUAAAGAUUGUUGUUGUGUAUUCCUGUUGUUAGAGCUCUAGCAGAGUUCUAGUAGUAGAUGAGCGCACAGGCAAUAUGUUACACUUAAUGUCACUGAUGUUUGUGUCGUCUGCAGGACACCGCAGCUGGAAGCAGCAUUUACAGAGUGCAAGCAGUGGAUAAAGAUAUGGGCUCUGGAGGCAGUGUCACCUACUACUUACAGGUAGAUAAUGUCCACACCCCUGGGAUAAUGUCCACACCCCUGGGAUAAUGUCCACGCCCCUGGGAUAAUGUCCACGCCCCUGGGAUAAUGUCCACACCCCUGGGAUAAUGUCCACGCCCUGGGAUAAUGUCCACGCCCCUGGGAUAAUGUCCACACCCCUGGGAUAAUGUCCACACCCCUGGGAUAAUGUCCACGCCCCUGGGAUAAUGUUCACGCCCCUGGGAUAAUGUCCACACCCCUGGGAUAAUGUCCACACCCCUGGGUCUGGCUCAUAAAUAGAAGAAAAUGGACUGAAACAGGAAGUUGACUAUCCGAAGUUGUCAAAUAAAAGAAGGCACAUUUUUGCUUUACGUAGCAAAACAUUUUGCGACAGUUUGCCCUAAUGAACAAUGUCCUGGUCUGACAGAGAGUUCAGAGUUAGAUCAAAGGUUACUCAGUCUAUAUGGGGGAUCCAUUGUCAUACUGUAGAUAAUAUAUAUAUAUAUAUAUAUAUAUAUAUAUAUAUAUAUAUAUAUAUAUAUAUAUAUAUAUAUAUAUAGAUAUAGAUACUGUAUAUAUAAUUUACACUCAGUGGCCAGUUUAUUAGGUACACCCAUCUAGUACCGGGUCGGACCCCCCUUUGCCUCCAGAACAACCUGAAUUCUUUGGGGCAUGGAUUCUACAAGAUGUGGCGUUUCAAACGUUGCUCAAUUGUUAUCAAGAGACCUAACGUGUUUCAGGAGUGUGUUUCAUUACACCACCGCCACCAGCCUGUACCGUUGACACCAGGCAGGAUGGGGCCAUGGACUCAUGCUGCUUACGCCAAAUCCUGACUCUGCCAUCAGCAUGACGCAACAGGAACCUUGAUUCGUCAGAUCAGGUGAUGUUUUUCCAUGCCUUAAUUGUCCAGUGUUGGUGAUCGUGUGCCCACUGGAGCCGCUUCUUCUUGUUUGUAGCUGAAAGGGAUGGAACCUGGUGUGGUCGUCUGCUGCUAGCCAGCCGCCAGCCCAGGACCUCCACAUCCGGCUUCUUCACCUGCGGGAUUGUCUGAGACCAGCCACCUGGACAGCUGAUGAAACUGGCACAAACUGUCAGAAACCGUCUCAGGGAAGUUCAUCUGUGUGCUCGUCAUCCUCACCAGGGUCUUGACCUGACUGCAGUUCGGCGUCGUUAACUGACUUCAGUGGGCAAAUGCUCACCUUCGAUGGACCACUGGCAUGCUGGAGAAGUGUGCUCUUCAACGGAUGAAUCCCGGUUUCAACUGUACCGGUUCAGAUGGCAGACAGCAUGUAUGGCGUCGUGUGGGCGAGCGAUUUGCUGAUGUCAACGUUGUGAAGCAGAGUUUUUGACAACAUUCAACAGGCCACAAUCAACAGCCUGAUCAACUCUAUGCGAAGGAGAUGUGUCGUGCUGCAUGAGGCAAAUGGUGGUCACACCAGAUACUGACUGGUUUUCUGAUCCACGCCCCUACCUUUUCUAAAAAAAGGUAUCUGUGACCAGCAGAUGCAUAACUGUAUUCCCAGUCGUGAAAUCCAUAGAUUAGGGCCUAAUCUAUGUAUUUCUUUAUAUGAACUGUAACUCAGUAAAAUCUUUGAAAUUGUUGCAUGUUGCGUUUAUAUUUUUGUUCGGUGUCCAAUGACCAGAUGGAUGGUAAGGGCAUGUCUUUGAUAAGAACAGGAUGGAAGCGAUUAAUUUUAGUGGAGGCAGGAAAUGGUGCCCCUUUAGUGGAUUACAUUUCAAUUACAUUUCAGCAAGGUAUUGAGGGCUUAGCUGAAGUUGAGGGUAUCUUUUGGCCAUCAGCAAGCAAACAGUAGUUGGCACUGUUCAUAUGUGUCACACCCUGGUUCUGGGACUCAUUAUGUUGAGCCAGGGUGUGUUCAUUCAUUGGGUGUAUUUCUAUGUUGGUAUUUCUGUUGUGUUCAUUUCUAUGUGUGACUGAGUGACUCCCAAUCAGAGGCAACGAGUGUCAGCUGUUUGCUGGUUGUCUCUGAUUGGGAGCCAUAUUUAACUGUCUGUGUUUCACUUUGGGUUUGUGGGUUUUUGUUCCUUUACGGUCAUUGUUACUGUGGACUUCACGAGUCGUCUAUUGUUUUGGUUUUUGUGCGUUAGUUAAUAAAGUCAAUCAUGUUCGCUCAACACGCUGCGUAUUGGUCUACUCCUUACCCAGACGAUCGUGACAAUAUGUCGUCUGUUGUUGGUUGUUUUAGCCAUCUUUAGGCUUGGUUUGAUGUGUGAAGUGGUAUUGGUUGGUUUGAUGUGUGAAGUGGUAUUGAUUGGUUUCAUGUGUGAAGUGGUAUUGGUUGGUUUGAUGUGUGAAGUGGUAUUGGUUGGUUUCAUGUGUGAAGUGGUAUUGGUUGGUUUGAUGUGUGAAGUGGUAUUGGUUGGUUUGAUGUGUGAAAUGGUAUUGGUUGGUUUGAUGUGUGAAAUGGUAUUGGUUGGUUUGAUGUUUGAAGUGGUAUUGGUUGGUUUAAUGUGUGAAAUGGAUUGGUUGGUUUGAUGUGUGAAGUGGUAUUGGUUGGGUUUGAUGUGUGAAUGUUUGAUGUGUGAAGUGGUAUUGGUUGGUUUGAUGUGUGAUGUGGUAUUGGUUGGGUUUGAUGUGUGAAUGUUUGAUGUGUGAAUGUUAGUCACUGAAUGGAUAGUGUGAUUAGUUACAUCUAGUUAAGUCUAGAUCUCAGUCUACAUGAUCAUAAUUAAGGGUUUUUACUGAUGACCCUGAGUCUGUUCACAGGGCACUACCAAGUUCACCAUCGACGGCCACAGUGGGGUCCUGCGGAUAAAACCAGGCGAGACGCUCGACUACGAGACCACAGCAACACACUUUGUGACGGUGGUUGCCAAGGUGAGACGUAGGCUAGCUAUGUGUCAAUCAAUCCAUCAAUCAAUUAAUCCACCACAAAAUAUUGAAGCCCUUUUUACAUCAGCAGUUGGUCACAAAGUGCUUUAUAGAUACCAAGGCCUAAAAACCCAAAGAGCUCAGAGUGUGUCACCCCUGUCUGGUCUGUGGCUGCUGAUAUCUUCUGGCCCUGUCUCUGGGCUUUAGAUGGAGGGAGGGUCAGCUCCUCUCCUCCAUCCCUGUGUCCGUCUCUAAGCUCUUGGGGAGGGUCAGCUCCUCUCCUCCAUCCCUGUGUCUGUCUCUAAGCUCUUGGGUAGGGUCAGCUCCUCUCCUCCAUCCCUGUGUCCGUCUCUAAGCUCUUGGGGAGGGUCAGCUCCUCUCCUCCAUCCCUGUGUCUGUCUCUAAGCUCUUGGGUAGGGUCAGCUCCUCUCCUCCAUCCCUGUGUCUGUCUCUAAGCUCUUGGGUAGGGUCAGCUCCUCUCCUCCAUCCCUGUGUCCGUCUCUAAGCUCUUGGGGAGGGUCAGCCCUGAUUACCCAAGGCCACACUUCAACUCGACCCUUGACCCCAGCACAUGGCAGUUGAUUGACUAAUUGUCUCGGGUGACGGAGCAUGUUUUUUUUUCCGACAGGAUGUUUGUAAACAACAACACAAGGCCUUUACUGUAUGUUAAGUGUGCAUUUUCAUGGAAGCAUGAUUAACAAGUUCACACACACACGUAGAAAGCAGAUUAAAUUUACAUGGUGCAUUUGUAGCAGAUGGGGAUCUGUGACAACUCACUCCUCAGCCUGAAGUAUCGCCACUUGCGCCAUUGAAGAGGGUAUUUUUCAUUAGCGGGAUGGAGUCUCUGGAUGAGCAGAUCAGGAGGAUGUUGGUACUCCUCGCUAUUAAACACCGUUACAUCCUUUACACAGAGUGUCAACUAAUGCAAAGUACUGUUGCUUCACAAUAGUGAUUUUAGCACAUGACAUCAGCACUACACAGCCAGUCAUAAUUUGGUCAUGUCCAAUGUCUAACCUUCUGUUGUAUUCGUCAGGAUGGAGGUGGACAGUAUAAAGGAAAGGCCCAGGUGUUGACAUCUACGGCCACCAUAACCAUCAACGUCCUCGACGCCCAAGACACCCCUCCAUCCUUCAUCGGAACUCCUUACGUUGGCUAUGUCUACGAGGUCUCGGUUCCUGUAAGCACAACACAGCCGGAUGAUCAUCUGGUCUUUAAAACAUAGUCCCUGUUUUAAAAGAAGCUGUAACAUUUUAUUUUUUUUGAACUUUUGGGAAGUUUUGCAAGCCAUUUCUCUAUGAUCAAUACAUUGUUAUUCAAGUAUGUGGACACCUGCUCGUCGAACAUCUCAUUCCAAAAUCAUGGGCAUUAAUAUGGAGUUGGUCCUCCUCUUUGCUGCUAUAACAGCCUCCACUCUUCUGGGAAGGCUUUUCCACUAGAUGUUGGAACAUUGCUGCGGAGACUUGCUUCCAUUCAGCCACAAGAGCAUUAGUGAGGUCGGGCACUGAUGUUGGACGAUUAGGCCUGGCUCGCAGUCGGUGUUCCAAUUCAUUCCCAAAGGUGUUUGAUGGGGUUGAGGUCGGGGCUCUUUGCAGGCCAGUCAAGUUUUUCCACACCGAUCUCAACAAAACAUUUCUGUAUGGACCUCGCUUUGUGCACAGGGGCAUUGUCAUGCUGAAACAGGAAAGGGCCUUCCACAAACCAUUGCCACAAAAUUGGAAGUACAGAAUCGUCUUGAAUGUCAUUGUAUGAUGUAGCGUUAAUAUUUCCCUUCACUAGAACUAAGGGGCCUAAACCGAACCGAAAUGAAAAACAGCCCCAGACCAUUAUUCCUCCUCCUAUGAAUUCGGGCAGGUAGCGUUUUCCUGGCAUCCGCUAAACCCAGAUUAGUCCGGACUGCCAGAUGGUGAAGCGUGAUUCAUCACUCCAGAGAACGCAUUUCCACUGCUCCAGAGUCCAAUGGCGGCGAGCUUUACACCACUCCAGCUGCCGCUUGGCAUUGCACAUUGUGAUCUUAGGCUUGUGUGCGGCUGCUCGGCCAUGGAAACCCAUUUCAUGAAGCUCCCGAUGAACAGUUCUUGUGCUGUCGUUGCUUCCAGCGGCAGUUUGGAACUAGGUAGUGAGUGUUGCAACCAAGGACAGAUGAUUUUUACGCGCUUCAACACUCUGCGGUCCCGUUCUGUGAGCUUGUCUGGCCUACCACUUCGCGGCUGAGCCGUUGUUGCUCCUAGACGUUUCCACUUCACAAUAACAGCACUUACAGUUGACCGGGGCAGCUCUAGCAGGGCAGAAAUUUGACGAACUGACUUGUUGGAAAGGUGACAUCCUAUGACGGUGCCACGUUGAAAGUCACUGAGCUCUAUGGCUAUGGAAAUUAGCUAUGGAGAUUGCAUGGCUGUGUGCUCGAUUUUAUACAUCUGUCAGCAACGGGUGUGGCUGAAAUAGCCGAAUCCACUAAUUUGAAGGGGUGUCCACAUACUGCUGUAUAUAUAUUUUACGUUCCAGUACUUUUUAUAUAAGAUAUUUUUAAGCCAUUUCUUUAUGAUAUUUAAAUUGUAAUUAAAUUAUUUAGAAUAACUUCUUUCCGUAUUGACAUAUGUUCCAGUGCUUUUUUUGGUAACUUUUGCAAGCCAUUGCUUUAUGAUUAAUAAUGUGAAUUUGCAGGGUUCUGAAAUAUCCACUGUGUUUGCCAAAGAUGGAGAUGAAGGAAACCCUAAUCCUAUUCAUUAUUCCAUUACCAAUGGUAAGUUAUAAACACGCACACACACACACACACACACACACACACACACAACACACUACAAAGCUAUUUCUUCACAAACUGAUAAUAAUCAUUGUCAACAGUGUGUUUGUCUACGGUUUCACAGAUAUAGUGAUUUCUGUAUAUGUCAUGAUUCACGCACCACCUUCACACACUUUCCCUUCUCCUUCUUCAGGUAGUGAGGGUGUCUUCACCAUCAACAGCACAAGUGGUUGUAUCAGCCUAACAGCUUAUCCAGUCACGCUGAGGAAUGAAUUAUAUGAAAUCAAUGUCAAGGUAAGAAGCCUUUUCUUUUUCCGGUUAUUACGUUGUUAUUUCUACGUCAUUACAUUUUUUUCUCUCUCUCUCUCGCGCGCGCACCCAUUCUCUGUCUCUCUCUCUCUCUCUCCUUCUCUCUCUCUCUAUCGUUCUCUCUCUCUCUCUCUCUGUGUCUCUCUCUGUCUCUCUCUCUCUCUCUCUCUCUCUCUCGUGCCCAUUCUCUGUCUCUCUCUCUCUCUCCUUCUCUCUCUCUCUAUCGUUCUCUCUCUCUCUCUCUCUCUCUCGUGCCCAUUCUCUGUCUCUCUCUCUCUCUCUCUCUCUCUCUCUCGCGCGUGCCCAUUCUCUGUCUCUCUCUCUCUAUCGUUCUCUCUCUCUCUCUCUCUCUCUCUCUCUCUGUCUGUCUGUCUGUCUGUCUGUCUGUCUCAGGCCACUGAGCUGGGGCCUAGUGAGGAGCUGUUGGACUACUAUACCAUGACUGUGGUGACGGUUCGAGUGGUGGACCUCAACAACCACCCUCCUACCUUCUACGGAGAGAACGGACCCCAGAGCCAGUUUCAGGUGACCAUGUAUGAGCAUCCUCCAGAGGGGGAGAUCCUCAGGGGGCUGAAGAUAACGGUUAACGACUCUGAUCAGGUACUGGAAGGCAGACUCUGUAUCCCAAAUCGCACCCUCUUCCCUAUAUAGUGCACUACUUUUGACCAGAGCCCUAUAUUAUAUCACCUCAUUACCCUAUCACACGAUAUCACCCCAUUACCCUAUCACACGAUAUCACCCCAUUACCCUAUCAACACGAUAUCACCCCAGUACCCAUCACACGAUAUCACCCCAUUACCCCGAUCAGACAUAGCACCCCCCGGACCCGAUCACACUAUAUCACCCCCAUACCCUACACACGAUAGCACCCCAUUACCCUAUCACACGAUCACCCCAUUACCCUAUCACACGAUAUCACCCCAUUACCCUAUCACACGAUAUCACCCCAUUACCCUAUCACACGAUAUCACCCCAUUACCCUAUCACACGAUAUCACCCCAGGACCCGAUCACACGAUAGCACCCCAGACCCGAUCAAUAGAGCACCCCAGGACCCAGCAACAGAGCGACCCAGACCCGAUGCCACAGUAGUCACCCCCAGUACACCGAGAACUAGACACCCAGGACCCUGAGCACACGAGAGCACCCCAUGUACCCAGCACACGAGACACCCAUACCCGGAUCUACACGAGAGCACCCCAGGUACCCGAGCACACGAGACACCCCCCAGGACCGAGACACACGAGGCACCCCAGGACCCGAGUCAGAAGAGAGCACCCCAGGACCCAGCACCACUAGAGCACCCCCAUGGACCCAGCACACGAGUAGCACCCCCAGACCCGAGCAGACGAGAGCACCCCAGGACCCGAGCAAACGAGAGCACCCCCAGGACCCGAGACACGAGAUCACCCCAGGACCCGAGCACACAGAGCACCCCCAGGACCCGAGCACACGAGAGCACCCCCAGACCCAGCACACGAGAGCACCCCAUGAGCCGAGCACAAUCGGAGAGACCCCAGGACCCAGCGCACGAGAGACACCCAGGACCCGAGCCAACGAGUAAGCACCCAGCGACCGAGCACAAGAGCACCCCAGGAUCCGAGCAAACAGCACCCAACCCUACGAGCACACGAUAGCACCCCCAGGACCCAUACACGUAGACACCCCCAGACCCGAGCAACGAGAUCACCCCCAGGAACCCCCGAGCCCAUAGAGCAACCACAGUACCCUAGCAGAUCAGACAACCCAGACCCAUACACGAACCCACCCCCAGUACCCUAGCAAAACGAGCACCCCAGGACCCGAGCACACGAGAGCACCCCAUGCCCCAUCAAAGUCACCCCCGUACCCUAGCAUACAUAUCACCCCCAGUACCCUAGCACACAGACACCCCAGACCCACACACUAGAUCACCCCCAUUACCCUAUCAUACUAUAUCACCCCAUUACCCUAGCACACUAUAUCACCCCAUACCUAUACAGACUAUAUCACCCCAAUACCCGUAUCAUACGAUAUCACCCCAUUACCCGACAACGAUACACCCCAUUACCCUAUCACACUAUACACCCCCAUUACCCACACACAAUCACCCCCAACCCAUCACAAAUCACCCCAUUACCCUAUCAAACGAAAAACCCCAGACCCUAUCAACUAUAGCACCCCCAGGAACCGAUCACACGAAUCACCCCUUACCCGACACACGAGAUACCCCAGGACCCCAUCACACGACAGCCACCCCAUACCCGAUCCAACGAUAGACCCAACAACUAGAGCACCCCAUUACCCACACACGAACACCCCAGACCCACAACUGAUAUCACCCCAGUACCCGAUCCACGAGAGCACCCAGACCCAUCACACUAGUAUCACCCCAGUACCACGACACACAGAACCCAAGUACCCACCUAACACGAUACACCCAGUUACCCUAGCAACGAUAGCACCCCCAGACCCUACAACGAGAUCACCCCAUGACCCGAGCAACAAGAACCACCAGACCCGAGCACACACGAAGCCACCCCCAAUUGACCCAGCAACAAGACCGACCGAGCAACCCACCCUACAACACUGAGAGUCACCCCCAGACCAUCACACAAGUACCCGAUCACACAUACACCCCCAUACCCGAGCAUACAACAACGCCCAGGACCCCAGCACACGAUAGCACCCCAUUACCACACACAACAAUCCACAUUACCCUAUCAUACAUAGCACCCUAGUUACCCUAUCACACAUAUCACCCCAUGACCAUACAUACAGCCACAACCCCAUUACCCUAUCAUACUAUAUCACCCCCAUUACCCUAUCACACUGAUCACCCCCCAAUUACCCUAUCAUACGAUAUCACCCCCAACCCUAUCACAGUAUCACCCCCAACCCAUUACCGAUAUCACGAUACCCACACCCCAUUACCCUAAAAAUCCACACCCAAACCCUACACACGUAAACCCCCAUGACCCAACACGGACACCCGGACCAAUCACACAGAGCACCCCAGGACCCUACACACAAGAUCACCCCCCAGGACCCGAGCACACAGAGCACCCAGACCAAGCACACAGACACCACAGCCCCCAACCUACACCCCCCAGGACCCAGCACACGAGAGCCCCCAGUACCCGACACACGAGAGCACCCCAGACCCACAAAACAACAAACCCCAGACCCUAGCACACAUAUCACCCCCAUACCAUCACACCAUACACCCCAUGCCCAAACAGAGCACCCCAUACCCAUCACACGAGAGCACCCCCAGGACCCAGCACAAUAACCCCACCCCAGACCCGACACCCCCCAGGACCCAUCACACUGAUACACCCAGGACCCGACACAAGAUACCGACACACAGACACCCCCAUACCAUCAACAACACUCACCCAGACCAGAUCACACAUAUCCCCCCCAUUACCCAGCACCCAUACACCCCAUUACCCAUCAUACUAUAUGCAACCUAUACCCUAUCACACUAUAUCACCCCAUUACCCUAUCAUACUAUAUCACCCCAUUACCCUAUCAUACUAUAUCACCCCAUUACCCUAUCACACUAUAUCACCCCCAUUACCCUAUCAUACGAUAUCACCCCAUUACCCUAUCACACUGUAUCACCCCCAUUACCCUAUCAUACGAUAUCACCCCAUUACCCUAUCACACUGUAUCACCCCCAUUACCCUAUUACACUAUAUCACCCAUUACCAUAUCACACUAUAUCACCCCCAUUACCCUAUCACACUGUAUCACCCCCAUUACCCUAUCACACUAUAUCACCCAUUACCCUAUCACACUAUAUCACCCCAUUACCCUAUCACACUAUAUCACCCCAUUACCCUAUCACACUAUAUCACCCCCAUUACCCUAUCACACUAUAUCACCCCCAUUACCCUAUCACACUAUAUCACCCAUUACCAUAUCACACUAUAUCACCCACCCCAUUACCCUAUCACACUGUAUCACCCAUUACCCUAUCACACUGUAUCACCCCAUUACCCUAUCACACUAUAUCACCCCCAGUACCCUAUCACACUAUAUCACCCCCAUUACCCUAUCACCCCAUUACCCUAUCACACUAUAUCACCCAAUACCCUACACGAAUCACCCCCAGAGAUAAUCCACACACGAUCACCCCAUACCCACACACGAUAGACCAAUACUAAACCCAUUACCCUACCCCAUUACCCUAUCAUACUAUAUCACCCCCAUUACCCUAUCACACUAUAUCCACCCCCAUUACCCUAUCAUACGAUAUCACCCCAUUACCCUAUCACACUAUAUUUACCCUAUCCCUACUAUAUCACCCCAUUACCCUAUCACACUAUAUCACCCCAUUACCUUUAUGGUGUAUCACUUUUGACCACACCCCUUUGGGCCCUGAUGAAAGGUAGUGCGCUGUAUGGGAUAGGGUAUCAUACAGCCAGAGACUAUUCCUGCUCCUAUUUCCCCUCUGACUCUCAUGGAAACUAUUCCUUAUGCUUUGUGAUAGGCCUUGAGCCUGUGUAACCCUAACCUCUAAACACUUGACUGAUACUAAGGUAUUGAUAUAUCCAACCAUGACUAUGGUGCUACAAUCCAUUUGUGUUUUAUUCAUGGUUGCUGGUUGAUUUCUGAAGGCAAAUCAUGUGAUGCGUUUGGCCCUAAACAUUUCUUUAUCUACAUUUCGUAAAGGAUUCUUUCUUUAAUCCUCCCAAAACAGUAUGUUGACAGUAUGUCACAUGACGUAACCCCAUUUUAGAAAUAAAUGUCAUAAUCCCCUAUUCAGCUAAUCAUUAUCAUCAUGUCAAUGUUCCCAGAAAACACUUGUAUCCAUUGACAGUUUUCCCCCCUCAGCCCAUUGGCUAAAUUUAAGUUACUGUUGUCAGACAGAGGUCAGAGGUCCUGGUAAUUGCCAUGAAUGUUGUCAUCGAUGGCAGCCUCAUGUAGGUGUGUGUGUUUUCUCUGACAGGGGGCGAAUGCUAAAUUUAUACUGAGAUUGGUGGGGCCUGGUCGUGUACUCAGAGUGGUGCCCCAGACGGUCCUCAAUGAAGCACAGGUCACCAUCAUCGUUGAAGACUCUGAUGCCAUCGACUACGAAAAAGGCAAAUCCUUAACAUACAAGGUAUUUCAGACCGUCUUCAGCUGCACUUAUGACUAACUGGAAUAUCAAAUAUUUGAUCCUAGGAGGGACAAUGUAAAACGGAUUUGGUUUUACUUUAUUAUAAAAUGGUACAGAAAUUACCAGGUAUUUAUACUGGAAGAAAUUACAAUGGUAAUUAUACAUUCAUAAUCUAUGAGUUACUUAAUAUAAUCUAAUAAUACGUUAGCAGACUUUUAUCCAAAGUGACUUACAGUAAUGCUUGCAUAUAUAUUUUUUAAAUGGUUGGUCCCACAGGGAGUCCAACCCACAACCCUGGCAUUGCAAUCGCCAUGCUCAUUCCAUAAUAUAUAUUUUGUUACUAUAGUACAACAGCAGACAUAGUAUUUGAUGGAUUUGACAUGUAUUUUUCCUCCACCACAGUUGCUAGCGGUGGAGAUUGACACCCCUGAGAGGUUCAGUGCGACGGCUGAUAUUGUGAUUCAUCUUUUGGACACCAACGACAACACUCCCAGGUUCACCUCUCAGUAUUACAUCGCACGUAUCCCGGAAAACUCCCCCGGAGGCUCCAACGUAGUGUCUGUCACCGUGAGUACAUCUGGAUUAUUCAACUCUACUCAAACACCACUACCAGCAAAACAUGAUUAUGUAAUCUCCCAACAAUAAUCCACCGAUAGAUGGAUAUUAAUGGUUAGGGUUAAUUGGAAGCUGAAAGGAAGCAGGGAUUUUCCAGCUUGGAGGAUUUCCACAACAUGUGAUAUUUUGCCAGGAGAGAGAGGUAACACUUGGAGGAUUUACCUGCAGCAUAGUGUCACUGAAUGUUGAUAUUGAUCAGUAGUGACAUCCUAUGUUCUCCAUACAGUACUCAACUAGCUGUUUUAAGAUGAAUGCACUGACUGUAAGUCGAUCUAGAUAAGAGCAUCUGCUAGAUGACUCAAAUGUAAACAUAAACUAUGUAACCAGAUUCAUUCCAAAAGAAAUACAAAUAAAAGUAUUGAAACAACAAUGAUAACAAUGUUGAAAUAAAGUUAAUAUUGGACUAUUAUUUAUUUUGUCAUGAAUCUGCUUCCAUACCAGUGGUAUUUAUACUGGUAUAUUACUAGUAGAAAAUGUUCAGCAGGAAUUCGAGUUGGUGAGAUGGAACCAAUCCUUUGGGGGGUUAAUCAUAUUGGCCUUUACCCUGUGGCUGUGUGCUAUUCACCCCAGGGAAUGGGAUAGAGCCUAGUAGACAGCCCCUGCCGGGGUGAAAUCCCCCAAACGUUGUGCAUGAGCUUAGAGUAACAUCCUCCCUAGUGGGUUAUCCUCAGACUGUUCCAAUCAGCUAAUGGAUAGUCAUUGUAUGACCUUCUCUCAGGAGUUGAGUCCCAAUGGACUCCCUACUCAACAAUAUUGUCCACAAAAAAUAAAUGUUUAAUAAUAUUAAUAUGGACAUUGUUGUUAUUAUUAUUAUUGAUAUUGAUAAUAAUAAUAUAAUUAAAUGGAUACCAUAAUAUGGUUAUGUAUUAAUUAUGGAUAAAUCAAAUGUUUGAUAAGUGUUUAUUUCCGGUCCGAUUACAUUAUUUUUGAAGAGGCCGGAAAUGCUUGUGAGCUUGACGUGCAUAAGUACCAACAUUCUAACUCCUCUCCUCUAUGUUCCGUUCCAGUAUUCUACCAGCAUUCUAACUUCUACUGUAUCCUCUAUGUUCCGUUCCAGUAUUCUACCAGCAUUCUAACUUCUACUGUAUCCUCUAUGUUCCGUUCCAGUAUUCUACCAGCAUUCUAACUUCUACUGUAUCCUCUAUGUUCCGUUCCAGUAUUCUACCAGCAUUCUAACUUCUACUGUAUCCUCUAUGUUCCGUUCCAGUAUUCUACCAGCAUUCUAACUUCUACUGUAUCCUCUAUGUUCCGUUCCAUUAUUCUAACUUCUACUGUAUCCUCUAUGUUCCGUUCCAGUAUUCUACCAGCAUUCUAACUUCUACUGUAUCCUCUAUGUUCCGUUCCAGUAUUCUACCAGCAUUCUAACUUCUACUGUAUCCUCUAUGUUCCGUUCCAGUAUUCUACCAGCAUUCUAACUUCUACUGUAUCCUCUAUGUUCCGUUCCAGUAUUCUACCAGCAUUCUAACUUCUACUGUAUCCUCUAUGUUCCGUUCCAGUAUUCUACCAGCAUUCUAACUUCUACUGUAUCCUCUAUGUUCCGUUCCAGUAUUCUACCAGCAUUCUAACUUCUACUGUAUCCUCUAUGUUCCGUUCCAGUAUUCUACCAGCAUUCUAACUUCUACUGUAUCCUCUAUGUUCCGUUCCAGUAUUCUACCAGCAUUCUAACUUCUACUGUAUCCUCUAUGUUCCGUUCCAGUAUUCUACCAGCAUUCUAACUUCUACUGUAUCCUCUAUGUUCCGUUCCAGUAUUCUACCAGCAUUCUAAUUUCUACUGUAUCCUCUAUGUUCCGUUCCAGUAUUCUACCAGCAUUCUAACUUCUACUGUAUCCUCUAUGUUCCGUUCCAGUAUUCUACCAGCAUUCUAACUUCUAUCCUCUAGUCUACUCUAUGUUCCGUUCCAGUAUUCUAACUCCCUUUCUCUCGGUUGCGUUCCAGGCCAAUGAUCCAGACUCUGGCCUUUGGGGUGAAGUCAAGUACUCCAUCUAUGGAUCCAGAUCUGAUUUGUAAGUACAGUACAGUCCUGCCAAUACCAAUGACUGUUGGACAUGAUCAUCUGUGUAAAAUCUCUUCCUCGGUUGAUGUGGAGUCAGUUGAACAGACCAAAAUCAGCAAAAAUUAUCACUUAUACAAUAUCAUUAUUUGUAAUGUCCGGUUAUCCAUUGGGACAGAUGAUUCUUUAUAUGGGGUCAUUACAUAACAUCAUCACUUAUGCAAUAUAAUUAUUUGUAAUGUCUGGUUAUGCGUUGGGACAGACGAGUCUUUAUAUUGGGUCAUUACAUAACAUUCCUUUUCUACCCUUAAGUGUGUGUACAUCACUGUAUUUAUACGUGGUAUAUUGUUUUUCAACAGGAAAAGUAAAAUAAGAAAUCGCUCAACUUAGAUUCUUCCCCUUUGAUUGGAAGAUGGGAACAGCAAGUAUCCCAGUAUAUUGGAUCUGCUGGUAGAUGGUAGCUCCUCUCUAUCCUGUAACAGCUUACUCUAAAAUGGCAGCAUGAUACUGACUGGUUAAUCUCGUAAUUGGAUUGUAGGGUAAGAAAUAGCCUGCCAGGACUGGAUGUCUCAUGUAGAGAGGGACAAUUAACAUGCAAUGUGACAGCUGGAGCUCUGCUAUGGAAAGCAAGGCAGGCAGGCAGGCUGCAAUACAGGCAGUACAUUGAAAAAACAAAGUGUCAAUUUAUCUUCCAGUUUUGCUUGCCGUCUUGACACGGGAAGUCAAAUUAUAAAUGUGUGAAAGUUUACAAGUUGCUUAGUAUUUGUUAUUUUUCACAGGGAAUACGUUGUAAAAAGAAGAUGAUGGAAAAUGGCUGAAUAUGUGCCACUUUAACAUAACAGCCAAUAUACUGCCAUACUGUCAAUAUACUGCCAAUAUACUACUAAUAUACUGUCAAUAUGCUGCCGAUAUAUUACCAAUAUACUCCUAAAAUACUACCAAUAUAAUGCUAACAUACAGCCAACAUACAGCCAACAUACUGUCAAUAUACUGCCAAUAUACUACUAAUAUACUGUCAAUAUACUGCCAAUUUAAUGCUCUCUCUGUUGUGUUUUCCAGAUUUCUCAUCCACCCGUCCUCAGGCAUCAUCUACACCCAGGACUGGGCCACUCUGGAUGCUGAGGUCAAGUCCAAGUACAACUUCUACGUGAAGGCAGAGGACACAGAGGGCAAGUACAGCCUGGCGGAGGUGUUUGUCACUGUCCUGGACGUCAACGACCAUGUUCCAGAGUUCGAUAACAGCCUUGUGGAGAGGACCAUGGUCAUCGGCGCACCUGUUAGAGUAGAGGUACGUGCAGUAGCCAUACGAUAAGAGGAGAGUGGCCUCCCGAGUGGCGCAGCCGUCUAAGGCACUGCAUCGCAGUGCUAGAGGCGUCACUACAGACCCGGGUUCGAUCCCGGGCUGUAUCACAACCGGCCGUGAUCGGGAGUCCCAUGGGGCGGCGCACAAUUGGCCCAGUGUUGUCCGUGUUAGGGGAGGGUUUGGCCCGGGGGGGGGCUUUACUUGGCUCAUCACGCUCUAGCGACUCCUUGUGGCGGGCCGGGCACCUACAGGCUGACUUCGGUCGUCAGUUGAACGGUGUUUCCUCCGACACAUUGGUGCGGCUAGCUUCCGGGUAAAGUGGGCGGGUUUUAAGAAGCACGGUUUGGCGGGUCAUGUUUCGGAGGACGCAUGACUCGACCUUCGCCUCCCGAGCCCGUUGGGGAGUUGCAGCGAUGAGACGAGAUCGUAAUGGAGGAGAAAAAGGGGGUAAAAAAUAUACAGUACGAGUCAAAAGUUUGGACACACGUACUCAUUCAAGGGUUUUUCUUUAUUUUUACUUUCUUUACAUUGUAGAAUAAUAGUGAAGACAUCAAAACUAUGAAAUAACACAUAUGGAAUCAUGUAGUAAAGUGAAAAGUGUUAAACAAAUCAAAAUUCUUCAAAUAGCCACCCUUUGCCUUGAUGACAGCUUUUCACACUCCUGGCAUUCUAUCAACCGGCUUCACCUAGAAUGCUUUUCCAAAAGUUUUGAAGGAGUUCCCACAUAUGCUGAGCACUUGUUGGCUGCUUUUCCUUCACUCUGCCCUCCAACUCAUCCUAAAACAUCUCAAUUGGGUUGAGGCCGGGUGGUUGUGGAGGCCAUGUCUUCUGAUGCAGCACUCCAUCACUCUCCUUCUUGGUCAAAUAGCCCUUACACAGCCUGGAGGUGUGUUGGGUCAUUGUCUUGUUGAAAAACAAAUGAUAGUCCCACUAAGCCCAAACCAGAUGGGAUGGCGUAUCGCUGCAGAAUGCUGUGGUAGCCAUGCUGGUUAACUGAGCCUUGAAUUCUAAAUAAAUCACAGACAGUGUCACCAGCAAAGCACCCCCACACCAUAACACCUCCUCCUCCAUGCUUUACGGUGGGAACUAUACAUACAAAGACCAGAGGUUGGAACCAAAAAUCUCCAAUUUGGACUCCAGACCAAGGACACAUUUCCACCGGUCUAAUGUCCAUUGCUCGUGUUUCUUGGCCCAAGCAGGUCUCUUCUUCUUAUUGGUGUUCUUUAGUAGUGGUUUCUUUUCAGCAAUUCGACCAUGAAUGCCUGAUUCACACAGUCCCCUCUGAACGGUUGAUGUUGAAUUGUGUCUGUGACUUGAAGUCUGUGAAGCAUUUAUUUGGGCUGCAAUUUCUGAAGCAGAUAAAUCUAAUGAACUUAUCGUCUGCAGCAGAGGUAACUCUGGAUCUUCCAAUCCUGUGGCGGUCCUCAUGAGAGCCAGUUUCACCAUAGCGCUUGAUGGUUUUUGCGACUGCACUUAAAAAAACUGUCAAAGUUCUUGAAAUGUUCCGUAUUGACUGACCUUUAUGUCUUAAAGUAAUGAUGGACUGUCGUUUCUCUUUGCUUAUUUGAGCUGUUCUUGCCAUAAUAUGGACUUGGUCUUUUACGAAAUAGGGCUAUCUUCUUUUAUCCUUAAUGGAUGUACAGUGAGGGAAAAUAGUAUUUGAUCCCCUGCUGAUUUUGUACGUUUGCCCACUGACAAAGACAUGAUCAGUCUAUAAUUUUAAUGGUAGGUUUAUUUGAACAGUGAGAGACAGAAUAACAACAUAGAAAUCCAGAAAAACGCAUGUCAAAAUGCUAUAAAUUGAUUUGCAUUUUAAUGAGGAAAAUAAGUAUUUGACCCCUCUGCUAAACAUGACUUAGUACUUGGUGGCAAAACCCUUGUUGGCAAUCACAGAGGUCAGACGUUUCUUGUAGUUGGCCACCAGGUUUGCACACAUCUCAGGAGGGAUUUUGUCCCACUCCUCUUUGCAGAUCUUCUCCAAGUCAUUAAGGUUUCGAGCCUGACGUUUGGCAACUCGAACCUUCAGCUCCCUCCACAGAUUUUAUAUGGGAUUAAGGUCUGGAGACUGGCUAGGCCACUCCAGGACCUUUAAUAUGCUUCUUCUUGAGCCACUCCUUUGUUGCCUUGGCCGUGUGUUUUGGGUCAUUGUCAUGCUGGAAUACCCACCCACGACCCAUUUUCAAUGCCCUGGCUGAGGGAAGGAGGUUCUCAACCAAGAUUUGACGGUACACGGCCCCGUCCAUCGUCCCUUUGAUGCGGUGAAGUUGUCCUGUCCCCUUAGCAGAAAAACACCCCCAAAGCAUAAUGUUUCCACCUCCAUGUUUGACGGUGGGGAGGGUGUUCUUGGGGUCAUAGGCAGCAUUCCUCCUCCUCCAAACACGGCGAGUUGAGUUGAUGCCAAAGAGCUUGAUUUUGGUCUCAUCUGACCACAACAAUUUCACCCAAUUCUCCUCUGAAUCAUUCAGAUGUUCAUUGGCAAACUUCAGACGGGCAUGUAUAUGUGCUUUCUUGAGCAGGGGGACCUUGCGGGCGCUGCAGGAUUUCAGUCCUUCACAUUUACAUUACAUUUACGUCAUUUAGCAGACGCUCUUAUCCAGAGCGACUUCACGGUGUAGUGUGUUACCAAUUGUUUUCUUGGUGACUAUGGUCCCAGCUGCCUUGAGAUCGUUGACAAGAUCCUCCUGUGGAGUUCUGGGCUGAUUCCUCACCGUUCUCAUGAUCAUUGCAACUCCACGAGGUGAGAUCUUGCAUGGAGCCCCAGGCCGAGGGAGAUUGACAGUUAUUUGUCACCUUCUCACCAAGCUGCUUGGCGAUGGUCUUGUAGCCCAUUCCAUCCUUGUGUAGGUCUACAAUCUUGUCCCUGACAUCCUUGGAGAGCUCUUUGGUCUUGGCCAUGGUGGAGAGUUUGGAAUCUGAUUGAUUGAUUGCUUCUGUGGACAGGUGUCUUUUAUACAGGUGACAAACUGAGAUUAGGAGCACUCCCUUUAAGAGUGUGCUCCUAAUCUCAGCUCGUUACCUGUAUAAAAGACACCUGGGAGCCAGAAAUCUUUCUGAUUGAGAGGGGGUCAAAUACUUAUUUCCCUCAAUAAAAUGCAAAUCAAUUUCUAACAUUUUUGACAUGCGUUUUUCAGGAUUUUUUUGUUGUUAUUCUGUCUCUCACUGUUCAAAUAAACCUACCAUUAAAAUUAUAGACUGAUCAUUUCAUUGUCAGUGGGCAAACGUACAAAAUCAGCAGGUGAUCAAAUACUUUUCCCACUCACUGUAUGUACAGUAGCCAUAAGAUAAGAUGAGAGUACUUUAUAGAUCCCUAAAGGAGGUAUGUACAGUAGCCAUAAGAUAAGAUGUGAGUACUUUAUAGAUCCUUAAAGGAGGUAUGUACAGUAGCCAUAAGAUAAGAUGAGAGUACUUUAUAGAUCCCUAAAGGAGGUAUGUACUGUAGCCAUAAGAUAAGAUGACAGAACUUUUAGAUUCCUAAAGGAGGUAUGUACAGUAGCCAUAAGAUAAGAUGUGAGUACUUUAUAGAUCCCUAAAGGAGGUAUGUACUGUAGCCAUAAGAUAAGAUGUGAGUACUUUUAGAUUCCUAAAGGAGGUAUGUACAGUAGCCAUAAGAUAAGAUGAGAGUACUUUAUAGAUCCCUAAAGGAGGGAGGUAUUACAGUAGCCAUAGAUAAAGAUGUGAGUACUUUAUAGAUCCUUAAAGGAGGUAUGUACAGUAGCCAUAAGAUAAGAUGAGAGUACUUUAUAGAUCCCCUAAAGGAGGUAUGUACUGUAGCCAUAAAUAAGAUGACCAGAAACUUUUAGAUUCCUAAAGGAGGUAUGCAGUAGCCAUAAGAUAAGAUGUGAGUACUUAUAGAUCCUGAAAGGAGGUAUGUACUGUAGCCAUAAGAUAAAGAUGUGAGUACUUUUAGAUUCCUAAAGGAGGUAUGUACAGUAGCCAUAAGAAUAAGAUGUGAGUACUUUAUAGAUCCCUAAAAGGAGGUAUGUACGUAGCCAUAAGAUAAAUGUGAGUACUUUAUAGAUCCCUAAAGGAGGUAUUACAGUAGCCAUAAGAUAAGAUGAGAGUACUUUAUAGAUCCCUAAAGGAGGUAUGUACAGUAGCCAUAAGAUAAGAUGACAGAACUUUUAGAUUCCUAAAGGAGGUAUGUACAGUAGCCAUAAGAUAAGAUGAGAGUACUUUAUAGAUCCAUAAAGGAGGUAUGUACAGUAGCCAUAAGAUAAGAUGAGAGUACUUUAUAGAUCCCUAAAGGAGGUAUGUACAGUAGCCAUGUGGUGUGUAGAGGUGUACCCUAGGGGUGUAACAGUUCACUGGCCAUCGGUCCGGUUUGGUCCUAGUAAACACUGUAUGAAUCGUUACAACCCUAGUAAACACUGUAUGAAUCGUUACAACCCUAGUAAACACUGUAUGAAUCGUUACAACCCUAGUAAACACUGUAUGAAUCGUUACAACCCUAGUAAACACUUUAUGAAUCGUUACAACCCUAGUAAAUACUGUAUGAAUCGUUACAAUCCUAGUAAACACUGUAUGAAUCGUUACAACCCUAGUAAACACUUUAUGAAUCGUUACAACCCUAGUAAACACUGUACGAAUCAUUACAACCCUAGUAAAUACUGUAUGAAUCGUUACAACCCUAGUAAACACUGUAUGAAUCGUUACAACCCUAGUAAAUACUGUAUGAAUCGUUACAACCCCUAGUAAACACUGGUAUGGAAUCGUUUACAACCCUAAGUACACACUAUAGAAUCGUUACAACCCUAGUAAACACUGAUGAAUCGUUACAACCCUAGUAAACAACUGUAUGAAUCGUUACAACCCCUAGUAAACACUGUAUGAAUCGUUACAACCCUAGAAACACUGUAUGAAUCGUUACAACCCUAGUAAACACUGUAUGAAUCGUUACAACCCUAGUAAACACUGUAUGAAUCGUUACAACCCUAGUAAACACUGUAUGAAUCGUUACAACCCUAGUAAACACUGUAUGAAUCGUUACAACCCUAGUAAACACUAUAUGAAUAGUUACAACCCUAGUAAACACUGUAGGAAUCGGUUCCAACCCUAGUAAAACACUGUAUGAAUCGUUACAACCCUAGUAAACACUGUAUGAAUCGUUACAACCCCUAGUAAAACUGUAUGAAUUGUUACAACCCUAGUAAACACUGUAUGAAUCGUACAACCCUAGUAAACACUGUAUGAAUCGUUACAACCCUAGUAAACACUGUAUGAAUCGUUACAACCCUAGUAAACACUUUAUGAAUCGUUACAACUCUAGUAAACACUGUAUGAAUCGAUACAACCCUGGUUAACACUGUAUGUUGUAUUUUUGUCUUUCUUGGAUGAUAAUUACCUGAAGUGUAAAAUCUGAGCGUAUCCAGAACCUCUUCAGUAUAUAUAUAAAGUACCAGUCAAAAGUUUGGACAAACCUACUCAUUCCAGGGUUUUUCUUUAUUUUUAUGAUUUUCUACAUUGUAGAAUAAUAGUGAAGACAUCAAAACUAUGAAAUAACACACAUGGAAUCAUGUAGUAACCAAUAAAGUGUAUUUACAUAAUGUGUUUGGUUUUGCUGCUUUUUCGUUCUUUCAUUUAGGCAAUAGAUGCCGAUGCAGGGUCGCCCAAUAACAUUAUUGAGUAUUCCAUCAUGCAAGCUGACCCGGACAACAUCUUCGACAUCAACGCGGAGACGGGAGAGAUCAACCUGAAGUCCUACAUCAAGUCCAUGGAUAUAGUGCAGAGCAUCACCAAGCAGAAGGACUGCAGGUGGUCUCUGGUGGUCCAAGCCCGGGACCGAGGAUCUCCGUCCUUCAGCACUACCGCCGUGGUCAACAUCGACAUCACUGAGGCGGUAAGUUCAAUGUUUCCUGACCUUAACCCUAACUGUAGAGUUAUAACCCUAACCCUAAUCUAACCCUAAAUGCCUCACUGCCUAAACCUAAUCUAACGACCUAACCCUAGUGCUAACCACCUAACCAUAAUACUAACCACCUAACCCUAACGCUAACCACCUAAUCCUAACCCUAAUCUAACCCUAAUUGCCUCACUGCCUAAACCUAAUGCUAACCACCUAACCCUAAUGCUAACCACCUAACCCUAAUGCUAACCACCUAACCACCUAACCCUAACGCUAACCACCUAACCCUAAUGCUAACCACCUAACCCUAACGCUAACCACCUAAUCCUAACCCUAAUCUAACCCUAAUUGCCUCACUGCCUAAACCUAAUGCUAACCACCUAACCCUAAUGCUAACCACCUAACCACCUAACCCUAACGCUAACCACCUAACCCUAAUGCUAAUCACCUAACCCUAAUGCUAACCACCUAAUCCUAACCCUAAUCUAACCCUAACUGCCUCACUGCCUAAACCUAAUGCUAAUCACCUAACCCUAACGCUAACCACCUAACCCUAACGCUAACCACCUAACCCUAACGCUAACCAUCUAACCCUAACACUAACCACCUAACCCUAACCCUAAUCUAACCCUAACUGCCUCACUGCCUAAACCUAAUGCUAAUCACCUAACCCUAAUGCUAACCACCUAACCCUAACCUAACGCUAACCACCUAACCCUAAUGCUAACCACCUAACCUUAACGCUAACCACCUAACCCUAACGCUAACCACUUAACCCAAAUGCUAACCACCUAACCCUAACGCUAACCACCUAACCCUAACGCUAACCACCUAACCCUAACGCUAACCACCUAACCCUAACGCUAACAGCUAACCCUAACGCUAACCACCUAACCCUAACGCUAACCACCUAACCAUAACACUAACCACCUAACCCUAACGCUAACCACCUAACCCUAACCCUAAUCUAACCCUAACUGCCUCACUGCCUAAACCUAAUGCUAAUGACCUAACACUAAUGCUAACCACCUAACCCUAACGCUAACCACCUAACCCUAAUGCUAAUCACCUAACCCUAAUGCUAACCACCUAACGCUAAUUACCUAACCCUAAUGCUAACCACCUAACCCUAACACUAACCACCUAACCCUAAUGCUAACCACCUAACCCUAACGCUAACCACCUAACCCUAACGCUAACCACCUAACCGUAACGCUAAUCACCUAACCCUAACGCUAACCACCUAACCCUAAUCUAACCCUAACUGCCUCACUGCCUAAACCUAAUGCUAAUCACAUAACCAUAAUGCUAACCCCCUAACCCUAACGCUAACCACCUAACCCUAACGCUAAUCACCUAACCCUAAUGCUAACCACCUAACCCUAAUGCUAACCACCUAACCCUAACCCUAAUCUAACCCUAACUGCCUCACUGCCUAAACCUAAUGCUAAUCACAUAACCAUAAUGAUAACCACCUAACCCUAACGCUAACCACCUAACCCUAACGCUAACCACCUAACCCUAACGCUAACCACCUAACCCUAACCCUAAUCUAACCCUAACUGCCUCACUGCCUAAACCUAAUGCUAAUCACAUAACCAUAAUGCUAACCACCUAACCCUAACGCUAACCACCUAACCCUAACGCUAACCACCUAAACCUAACGCUAACCACCUAACCCUAACGCUAACCACCUAACCCUAACACUAACCACCUAACCAAAUGCUAACCACCUAACCAUAACACUAACCACCUAUCCCUAACCCUAACGCUAACCACCUAACCCUAAUGCUAAUCACCUAACCCUAAUGCUAACCACCUAACGCUAAUUACCUAACCCUAAUGCUAACCACCUAACCCUAACGCUAACCACCUAACCCUAACGCUAACCACCUAACCCUAACGCUAAUCACCUAACCCUAACGCUAACCACCUAACCCUAAUCUAACCCUAACUGCCUCACUGCCUAAACCUAAUGCUAAUCACAUAACCAUAAUGCUAACCCCCUAACCCUAACGCUAACCACCUAACCCUAACGCUAAUCACCUAACCCUAAUGCUAACCACCUAACCCUAAUGCUAACCACCUAACCCUAACCCUAAUCUAACCCUAACUGCCUCACUGCCUAAACCUAAUGCUAAUCACAUAACCAUAAUGCAAACCACCUAACCCUAACGCUAACCACCUAACCCUAACGCUAACCACCUAACCCUAACGCUAACCACCUAACCCUAACCCUAAUCUAACCCUAACUGCCUCACUGCCUAAACCUAAUGCUAAUCACAUAACCAUAAUGCUAACCACCUAACCCUAACGCUAACCACCUAACCCUAACGCUAACCACCUAACCCUAACGCUAACCACCUAACCCUAACACUAACCACCUAACCAAAUGCUAACCACCUAACCAUAACACUAACCACCUAACCCUAAUCUAACCCUAACUGCCUCACUGGCUAAACCUAAUGCUAAUCACCUAACCCUAAUGCUAACCACCUAACCCUAACGCUAACCACCUAACCCUAACGCUAAUCACCUAACCCUAAUGCUAACCACCUAACUCUAAUUACCUAACCCUAAUGCUAACCACCUAACACUAACCACCUAACCCUAACCCUAACGCUAACCACCUAACCCUAACGCUAACCACCUAACCCUAACGCUAACCACCUAACCCUAACGCUAACCACCUAACCCUAACGCUAAUCACCUAACCCUAAUGCUAACCACCUAACCCUAACGCUAAUCACCUAACCCUAACGCUAACCACCUAACCCUAACGCUAAUCACCUAACCCUAAUGCUAACCACCUAACCCUAACGCUAAUCACCUAACCCUAACGCUAACCACCUAACCCUAACCCUAAUCUAACCCUAACUGCCUCACUGCCUAAACCUAAUGCUAAUCACAUAACCCUAAUGCUAACCACCUAACCCUAACGCUAACCACCUAACCAUAACACUAACCACCUAACCCUAACGCUAACCACCUAACCCUAAUGCUAACCAUCUAACCCUAACGCUAACCACCUAACCCUAACCCUAAUCUAACCCUAACUGCCUCACUGCCUAAACCUAAUGCUAAUCACCUAACCCUAACGCUAACCACCUAACCCUAAUGCUAAUCACCUAACCCUAAUGCUAACCACCUAACGCUAAUUACCUAACCCUAAAGCUAACCACCUAACCCUAACACUAACCACCUAACCCUAAUGCUAACCACCUAACCCUAACGCUAACCACCUAACCCUAACGCUAACCACCUAACCCUAACACUAACCACCUAACCAAAUGCUAACCACCUAACCCUAACACUAACCACCUAACCAUAACACUAACCACCUAACCCUAACGCUAACCACCUAACCCUAAUCUAACCCUAACUGCCUCACUGCCUAAACCUAAUGCUAAUCACCUAACCCUAAUGCUAACCACCUAACCCUAACGCUAACCACUUAACCCCAACGCUAAUCACCUAACCCUAAUGCUAACCACCUAACGCUAAUUACCUAACCCUAAUGCUAACCACCUAACCCUAACCCCCUAACCCUAACCCUAACGCUAACCACCUAACCCUAAUGCUAACCACCUAACCCUAACGCUAACCACCUAACCCUAACGCUAAUCACCUAACCCUAAUGCUAACCACCUAACCAUAACGCUAACCACCUAACCCUAACCCUAAUCUAACCCUAACUGCCUCACUGCCUAAACCUAAUGCUAAUCACAUAACCCUAAUGCUAACCACCUAACCCUAACGCUAACCACCUAACCCUAACGCUAACCACCUAAUCCUAACGCUAACCACCUAACCCAAAUGCUAACCACCUAACCCUAACGCUAACCACCUAACCCUAACGCUAACCACCUAACCCAAAUGCUAACCACCUAACCCUAACGCUAACCACCUAACCCUAACGCUAACCACCUAACCCUAACGCUAAUCACCUAACCCUAAUGCUAACCACCUAACCCUAAUGCUAACCACCUAACCCUAACGCUAACCACCCAACCCUAACCCUAAUCUAACCCUAACUGCCUCACUGCCUAAACCUAAUGCUAACCACCUAACCCUAACACUAACCCCCUAACGCUAACCACCUAACCCUAACGCUAACCACCUAACCCUAAUGCUAACCACCUAACACUAACGCUAACCACCUAACACUAACGCUAACCACCUAACCCUAACGCUAACCACCUAACCCUAACACUAACCACCUAACCCUAAUGCUAACCACCUAACCCUAACGCUAACCACCUAACCCUAACGCUAACCACCUAACCCAAAUGCUAACCACCUAACCCUAACGCUAACCACCUAACCCUAACGCUAACCACCUAACCCAAUUGCUAACCACCUAACCCUAACGCUAACCACCUAACCCUAACACUAACCACCUGCAGGCUUGCGUUGUUGUUAUUAUUAGUGGCUUCUGUCAUUUUUUAAUAGCGUGGAAUAUUUCACUUUCUCUGUUCAUAGGAGUAACAACAUGAAUUUGUGCAUUAAAUAAUAAUACGGUGUGACUCGAGUUUCGCCAUCAGCUGGAAGACGGUGUCCCUUUUUGGUCAGUGAAGGAAAGGGAGAGCGGAGUGAUGAGAGGCGGAGCCUCAGUCUUCUGCUCUCUCCCUCCGCUGAGACUGACCAUCAGAUGCAGGCACCAUCAGCCCCGUAAAAAAUAAAAAACGAAUUAUUUAAAUGUAUGCUCACUCAGCUGUGCUUCACAAGUAAUACAACAACGUAUCUAUUACUGGUGUGAUCAUAUAGCCCACCUCAAAUUUAGAAAUAAAAUGGCCCGAACAACAACGCAUUCAUUGGCAGGGCAAUUCAAGCAAAGCCAAUAUGCGGUGAUAAUGUACUGGGCCUAUAGCUUACUGCACAAACCUCAUUGCUACAGUACUGUUUUUAAUUGGUUAAUGUUGCAUAGGCGAAUUUUUUUUAACGUCAUUGUUAUGAGAAUUAUUUAACAAACUAUCUCAGUGUCUCUGUGCGUCUCCCAAAAGGUUGUAACGCUUUUGGAUCAAGAAACGGACAGAGUCCCAGUUGCAAUAUUCAGAGAUCUUUAUUCAUUGAGAAUUCUGCCACAAAAUGGUCGUACAAUAUUUUUAUACGCACACGUCAUAAGAAAAUCCCACCCCUCUGUAGGCGGGCUGUAGUUUUCCACUUUAAAACUGCUCUCCUGACCAUCAGUUCACACACACACACAUACACACACACACACACACACACACACAUACAUACACACACACACACACACAUACACACACACACACACACACACACAUACAUACACACACACACACACACACACACACACAUACACACACAUAUACACACAUACAUACACACACAUAUACACUCCCUGCAUUCCUCAGUUAUCGCCGUUCUCACAAUAUUCUGCACCAUGUUUAACAGUUCUCCAUCUUCUUCGCCAUCCGGUCUAACUCCUCCUCACGUUGCUAAAUAGUAACACAAUGUCAUAAUCUUUACUGGUCCUACACUCACACAUUACCAGGUAGUAGAUUCUAACACAUCUCACACAGUUUCGGAGUAUAAUAAUUAGUCACUACUAAGAAAGUACUAAUCAUACUUAAAACAAGAACAUUUCACAACUAUAUUUAAGGGUGGAACAUUUAGUCAUUACUUUUAACCUGUAUAUAUUUUAAUUUCUAUAUCAGUCAUGUUAAAAACAUAUCUGAGCGGUAGAUCUCGGCUUGCAUUUCCAAGUGAUCUUGACUCAGGAAAGGUUGGUGACCACUGCUCUAGAGUUUCCCCUGUUAACACUACCAACGUUUCCCUUUACCGUGGCAAGUGUGAUCGAAUCAACAUAAUAUUAGGUACUUUCAUCGCAACAUACCGAAACAAAACAAACUAUGCAAGAGAUUUUGUUGUAGGCAGAACGCAUCAGAGUAGGAUUCUAUUGCAUUGACAGGCACUACUCAGCCCGUACUUUACAUAGACCGGUGUGGCAUAACCAAUCAGAGCUGCGGUAGGCCUGUAUGCAAAUAGAUCAUUGCCAUAUAUGGAUCUGUGCCAUUUACUUUGAACUGGACUGUGUUAACAGCAUGAGCGGUCGUGAGUAGAUGCGCUUGUUUUGAGAUCAAAGCGAGAGCUGCAUGUAGCCACGUGUGCACAUUUUGUCUUAAAGGGGCAGUGUUGUAUUUUGAUACAGGCUUGAAUAAGCUAAGUAGCCAAUAGGCAGAGGGUAGCAUAAUUUGUCUUGAUUCUCUAUAAUAAUGGUAUGGGAAUAAUAAUGUAUUUUAUUUUGUAAAGUGGUUUCUUGCAUCAAACAACACAACAACAUUUUCAGUCACCUCCUUGUCUGAAGGACAAGUGGAUGAACAGGUUAAUGUCAAGCCCUGCAUGUUUUUUUUCUCAAAAGUCUCUUGGAAAGUAGGCCUACAUUGAACACCACACAUUGGCUGCUUCUGUAGGCUGAACGAUAGAACAUCUAUUUCCAUGUUAAAAUGUUAUGGGAUGCAUUUUCUCCACUGUUUUUGAUGGUAGGCCACUCUGGUAGGCCUACAUUAUGAUCAAAUAGCCACAGUAGCCUACUUGGCCACUGUUAAAACUGUAACUUAAAGCGGGUACAGCCUCAGUGUUCACAGGAAACAGCCUCCGUGUUCACAGGAAACGCGCGCCGGAAGUUGCACAGAAUUUUCACAAUGUUCAAGUUUGCGCUCGGCAGACCUGGAAUUUGCUACGUGGCAACAAAAAAAAACAAUUGAGGGAACAUUCCUCCUGACUACGGCUGUGUUGAGCAUCGGCAUCACUGGGUUGUAAGACUUUAAACCUGAGUUACCUAACCCUUACCUUAACUAACCCAAAACCUUCCCAUAGCCUUCUAACCUUAACCCUUACCACAGCCAUAGUAUAUUUUAAACAGUUUACUAUACUAACUAUGCUACACUAACAACAAACAUGAAGUCAUUUAAUUCCAGGCCAGUGUCUAUUUGAGCCCCUUUGUCAGAAGAUCAGAGUAAUCUCUAUUUCUCAUGUCAAUUCUCAUAUCCGCUCAUCCGGAGACCCCAGUAGCUCUCAAUGCAGUGCUUUAUGAACCUGUCACAGGAACUUCAUCCACAACACAAUCCUCAUCAGAAACAUGUCACUGCUAGUGAUCAGAUAGAACCGUUCUGAUGAACCCGCCAGUAGAGCCUAUGUUGUCAUUUGGGUCAUCUGAGCCUCUAUCAUCAACCCGGGAUGAAUGGGUGUUUGAGAAUUUAUCAGCGUCAAAGCACAUAUUAUAUAAUAUAAAAUAUGCCAGUUAACAGAUGUUUCUAUCCAAAGUGACUUACAGUACAGUGAGUACAUACUAUAUUAGUGCAUUUAUGGGCUUCCUGUGGGAAUUGAACCCCCAACCUUGGUGUUGCUGGCCCCCCCCAUGCUUUUACCAACCGAGCCACACAGGACCGCUUGCAGUCAUCGUGCUGCUAGUGUUAUAGAGAUGUCGUCUGUCUGGGGCUCCUCUGUCAGUUCUGCUAGUGUUAUAGAGAUGUCGUCUGUCCUCUGUCAGUUCUGCUAGUGUUAUAGAGAUGUCGUCUGUCUGGGGCUCCUCUGUCAGUUCUGCUAGUGUUAUAGAGAUGUCCUCUGUCCUCUGUCAGUUCUGCUAGUGUUAUAGAGAUGUCGUCUGUCCUCUGUCAGUUCUGCUAGUGUUAUAGAGAUGUCGUCUGUCCUCUGUCAGUUCUGCUAGUGUUAUAGAGAUGUCGUCUGUCCUCUGUCAGUUCUGCUAGUGUUAUAGAGAUGUCGUCUGUCUGGGGCUCCUCUGUCAGUGCUUGGCUCAUCCAUGUCUGACCUCUGACCUCAUUGCUUGCCUACAUGCUACGGACCAAAAUGGUCAAUGUUUAAAACAUUUGAUAAUCUAGUCCCGUGGAUGGGCGUGAUUGAAAGUAUUCUCUUUGUGCUCUUUUACAGACUCAACUCAAGGGGUCUAUGGCAGCCUUUUUAUUGCAAAGUAGGGACAACCCAAUGAAGGCUCUAGGCAUGGUCGCUGGCGUCAUCAGCAUAUUGGUAGGGGUCACUGUCUUGAUCUCCACGGCUAUGUUCUUGCGCAACACAAAGUCCAACAGGAUAAUGCCGGCACGUCGCAUCAUCAUCAGACGGAGACCGCCAAGGGACCGCAAGCCGUGGACUUUUAACGUCCCGUUCCGUGGUGGCGGAAAUGACUCGUCGAACAAGUUCGUCGUAGCCGACCCGGAAGCAGGGAGUGUCAACCUCAACCCCAACAACAACAGCGGCCCCCAGUGCUCCAGGUCAAAGCCCAAGCCUUCGCCCCCUCGAGCUCCCUGCCUGCCCCCUCCAUCCUGCCCCCCUCCGUCCUCCAACCCCAGACCCAGUGAGAGGCCCCGGCCCUGGGCAGAAGUGCCCACCGUCUCUGGGGCUCUGACCUCCAAGGGCUCCAGGAGAUCCAGCCAGAGCAGGGAGAUCAACGUCAGCUCCGAGAGUUCUAGGAACCCCGUCAGCUCAGCCCUGGUCUCUGAACUCAAAAUGAGGCUGGAGCAGAAAAUCAUUGAGAGCAACUCAAGCUAUUAUUGAACCUGAAAGUUGUGGUGUGCUGGCUCUCUAACCAAUCUUUCAGUAAUUGUCUGGACCGCUGAAGGGGUGCUCAGUCCUAGGAUUGUAAAACUGCAAUUGUAAAGGAAGGUUGAGGACAGCAGUUUUAAUUUCCUUCUAAAUGUUAUUGAUGACGCAUUUUCAAAGCAAGUCCUUUGUCAAAGCAAUGUUGCAACACAUUUGACUGAACCUAUUGAAUCCAACCAGUUCUACGUGUGUUAUUAAAGAUGUUAACAUAACGUUGGAUAGUUGGAUCCAUGGACCUAUGGACCCUGGUCAAAAAUAGUGCACUAUAUAGGGAAUAGGGUGCUAUUUGGGACGCAGUCUCUGUCAUCCAGCGUUAGAAAUAACUAGAGACAUUUCUGCUCUGCCAUCUUGAGACGUGUAAUGGGAUCCUUGUUAGAUAAGUCUCUGCAUUGCUG